CAACUUCUCGUUGGUGGCUCUACUGGAAAGUCACGCACCCGCUAUUUCCAGAUGUCGCGAUGCUCAAGGCCGCCGUACGUGUCCUUGUCGUGGGUCGUGGAACGUGCACAAAGGCGCGAUCAUGAAUUAAAUCGCGAUCGCGGUGUUCGACGCAGUUUUCCCGGCGUGCAAAGAAGCGCGGUGAAAAAGCGCGCGUGUUAUGACGCGGUCGUUCGUUAAAUUUCCGGCUCGACAGACCGCGGUAAAGAAGUGCGCAAGGUGUUUCGCUUGUUGCACAGUUGCCAAGGCGACUAACGUGCGUGCGGGUGCGUGUCCCUCUGUUGCGUGACUGUGUGUACGCGCGUGUGUUACGUGGUGUGUUAUGAUAAAGGACCGAUCAUCGUUUUCGGGACGCCGAGUCUCGUGUCGCCCGGACGCCUCGAUGCUUCGCAACGACGUAGCCUGAAGAUAGAAGCCAUUUAUUAUGGACUACCCGGUGUUAGGCCACUACGAUCCCACCGUAGAGGCCACGGACCAUGGUAGCGGCGAGGAGGAGCAGGAAUUGCUGUGGGAGGAAUGUAAUUAUGUCGUACCUGGGGAUGAAUAUGUACCUGCAACAGAGCAGUUUGGAGAAGAUUUUGCCGGGGCUGAGUUUCAUGAAACUAGAGCAUUGCUCGCUGAUGGCGGAGAUAGAUUUGGAGUUUCCACUGCCACUUUCGAUACAAUUGAGGAGCUUAUGUGGAUGGGGAAUCAAGGGGGCCACGUAACAUCUUAUUAUGGGCCUGGUUUACAAAAAUAUACCUCUUUUCAAGUCCAUGCGACUCAAGAGAUACGGCAUAUUCAUCCUGUAGAUGAAGGGAUAUUAGUGUUGACUCAGAGUAUAUUGAGAUGUCAACUGCGGCGAGGCAUACCUAUAUUUACACACACGUCAACAAAUAUGAAUGACAUGCAGUGUAUGUUGCAAAUCUCUCCGACCAGAUUACUCAUGGGUGGACAUCAGGAUAAAAUAAUAGAUUUUAAUCUUACUAGAGGAAAGGAGACUGGAUUAGUGGAUGUAGGAGAAAAUGGUUGUGCGAUAUUGAGGCAACACAGUAGACUUAUCUGUGCUGGUAAUCCUGCAGGACGGAUAGAUCUCAGGGACCCAAAUACAUUAUCAGUAGAACAUACUCUGGACACACAUAGUGGUUCCCUAAGUGAUUUUGAUGUUCAGGGAAAUUAUCUUGUUACUUGUGGGUUCAGCAACAGUCGGCAAGGUCUUACUGUUGAUCGAUUUUUAAUGGCUUAUGAUCUGAGACAAAUGAGAGCAUUGAGUCCAGUCACUACUAUGGUGUAUCCCCUUUUAUUGAAGUUUCUACCAAGUUAUUCCAGUCGUCUCGCAGUAGUGUCGCCACUUGGACAAAUGCAACUACUUGAUACAAUAUAUGCCAAUGUACAACCAUCAAUGACAUGUUUGUAUCAGGUUGCCACUGGCGGAGCGGCGAUAUUAUCAUUUGAUGUAGCUUCCACAUCUCAAUGUCUCUGCUUUGGAGAUUCGGCGGGUUCUAUACAUUUAAUGUCUACCAACAAUCCGGAACCUCAAUUUAAUACAUUUUCUAGACCUACAGAAUUUGCCGAUCCAAUUGAAACAGUACAAUCGAUUCCUUUUGAUGACGAUGUUACACCAUUUAGUACAAUACCAAUGGUAUAUUCUGAUCAACCACUUUUAAGUGAUUGGCCAGAAGAAUUUUUAAAAAAGGUUUACAGGAAAACUCCAGCAAUAGAUCCCGAAAUUUUGCGCACAAUGAAAAUGCAGGGAACAAUAGGAUAUGCGCCAAAUCCUCAGGCUUUUCGCAGAAAUCAAGUGAGGAAACAAUAUUCUCCCACUUUACUACACACACCCAUACCACACACACAAUAUUCUCCUCCAUUUUUCCUCAAAUUAUCUUAAACUCCGUUUACAUAUUUCCAAUAAGUUUACUUAUUUUUGUUUAUAAAAUUUAGGAAAAAGUGAAUUCUGCUUAUGAUUUAACAUCGAAUUCAAUUAUCGCUCCGAUAAUUAAAAAAAUUGCUAUCUAAAUUUAUAUAUACCUCAAAGGUAUACUAACACAAAUAUGCUCCUUCAUAUCUUGGAUAGUUUUAGAAUUUGGCGUGAAUAAUUGAAACAAUACAUUGUCUUGACAUGAGAUUAAGGCUUAAUAUAGUUGAAACAUGUAAUUUUUUAGAAAAAGGAAGAUUUGCUAUAAUGUGAUUAAGACUGAUAACACAUUUCGUGAUAAUUAUUGUAGUCUAUAAAAGAACGUGAUAUAUUUUCGUAA